UACUGAUUCUAUUAUAGCCACACGCACUAUAAACGCCGAAGUACCUCCAUUCAAAUAUUGGAUCUUGCUGAUUCAGAAGACUCUUUCACGCUGAAGCCGUUUGCAUUUCGUUGAUGAUGCUCUUGAGCUUGUGCAAGAAAUCUUCGCUUCAGAUUCCCUUUCUUCUUUCCUUUCGUUAUAUUCUUUGAAUUGUACGUAUGAAAUGUCUUCAUUCUGUUCCUCAUUUCGAAUUCUGGCACCUCAAUGGAGGCACAAAAACGUGCGCUUCUUUAUUUUCCUCCGUUCCAAGAGAAAGACUAGCUUCGUCCCAAGCGUCACUUCCUCCUCCACGAGCGACGAUUCUGUUCCAACUCCCAAACAAAGCCAGUUGCGUUAUGAUCCCUCGGAAGAGCUAUUCGGGGUCGAUGUCGCUCCGAAACCGAGGAAUGAUAGUUCUGGUGCACCCACACCACGUUCCUGGUUUGGUCCAAACGGGCAGUACAUCAGAGAGCUACCCUGCCCAAGUUGCCGGGGUAGAGGUUAUACUCCUUGUACAGAGUGUGGAAUAGAGAGGACCAGAUUAGACUGUUCACAAUGUAAUGGGAAGGGCAUAAUGGCUUGCCGACAAUGUUUGGGUGAUUGCGUCAUAUGGGAAGAGUCGAUUGAUGAACGACCAUGGGAGAAAGCUCGCUCUAAGUCUCCACUCAAAGUAAAGGAAGAUGAUGAAGUUGACAACUUAGAUAUAAAGCUGGGCAUGAAGAAGAAAUCAAAGCGUGUUUACCAAUCACAGCCUCCUGAAGUAGGAUUAAAAAUUAGCCGCUCACUGAAAAGUCUCAAUGCCAAAACAGGCCUUUUUAGCAAGAGAAUGAAGAUCAUACAUAGUGAUCCUAAACUUCAUGCACAAAGAGUGGCUGCAAUUAAGAAAGCCAAAGGAACAACUGCAGCACGAAGGCGUGCUUCCGAAGCUUUAAAAGCUUUCUUUAGUGAUCCAGAAAAUCGUCGCAAGAGGAGCAUUGCCAUGAAAGGAGUAAAAUUUUACUGUAGAAACUGUGGACGUGAGGGACACAGGAGACACUAUUGUCUAGAACUUAAGGAUAGUUUGAUAGAUAGACGGUUCAAGUGUCGGUUAUGUGGAGAAGAGGGUCACAACAGAAGAACCUGCCGAAAGUCAAGGUCAAGCAAUCAGGGAGACACAGUUAAGAGGAAUCAUCGUUGCAGACUAUGUCAUCAAAGCGGCCACAACCGCAGGACUUGCCCUCAAGUGAUUGGGGUAAAGUUGAGUGGCACUCAUGCCACAAGAGGCUCUCCUACUGGAAGCAGAACAUGCACUUGCCAGUUGUGCCGAGAAAGAGGGCACAAUAUUCGGACAUGCCCUCGAAGAAUUAUAAAUCCGUCGUUGAUUAAUCCUCAAUCUGAAGAAAUAAAGGAGUGACCAGUUUUUUUGAAUCAGUGCAGCUUCAAUCAAAUUCUUAAAUUUUGUGCAGUCUAUUUUAUACUGUAUCUGCUUGUGAUCUAUGAUCAUAUCAAUAAUCAUGCCUUAUUUUAUCAUGUUCUA